AUGACGGCCACAGCAAAGGCGCCCCCGUCGCCAGUGCUAUCGCAGAGCAAUAUUGAAGGACAAUUCACUCCUCAGCGUAUGUCCAACACCUCUAGUACCGCAUACAACUUCCACUCCUUGGGAUUGGGCUUCGACUCGCCUUGCCUCUCUUCUGGCCAGCAAUCAUACUGCGCACCUUCAACGCCCGCAUCCCAAGAGCAUCAGCUCAGCCAGUCGAGCUACUUCCCUCCAGGCCAGCCGCCAUACAGCACUCCGGAUUACCGCGACCUGGCUGGGUACGGAGAUAAAUAUCAGCCCAACGUGUGUACCUUCCUCAACUCACCUAUCCGGCUAAUUCUAACUGCUACCCCAACAGGAACAAAUUACACCCACCUCAGAUACCUCCGGACACACCGACAUGGAUUUUUUGGUAAGGAAUGCUCCCAAAAGCUGGAUCGGCACUCCAACUAACGUCAAGCGAAGCAUCCGGAAUAUGCGAUAAGUGAUGACAGUUACAAUGACUUAGUAAACCUACCUCACUCGUGGCGUAUCAAGCCCCAACUAACCUUCACGGACCAGUCAGUCUAUCAAAAUACUGAGGCGCGCCUGACCAGGCCCGAAGAACCGGUAAGUGAUCAUUUCCAAUUCGACACAACACGUUUCCUGACCGCCUCCAGUACAUGGGUUUCCAAGAGCCAAUCUCAUCUCCGGUGCUCCCGAGGAGAUCCGCCAGGAACACAUCAGAUACCGCAGUGGUUAUCAACCACAGGACGACCAUCACGACCAAAAGUGGCUCAAACGGCGAGCCUACCACGCAUAUCAGGGUCAAGAGGCCCACCAGAAAACGCAAGCCAAGUACCGAAAAGUCCGAAAAACCCAAAGUGCCAAAGUUGACGAUGCCACUGAGUGAGCUCACUGCGGACUAUGAGCACAUUCCAGUCAAGGACAUGGAGUCAUGGGUCCGGCGAAGCGCGGAGACCCGGAAACAGGAGGUGGAAAAGCGUGGUGGAUACGUUACCCGUCCAAUGAACUCUUUCAUGCUGUAUCGAUCGGCAUAUGCAGACAGGACGAAAUUUUGGUGCCUGCAAAACAAUCACCAAGUGGUGUCUUCCGUUAGCGGUGAGAGCUGGCCCCUGGAGCCUCUUGUAAUCCGGGAUAAGUACAACGAGCUCGCAAAAAUUGAACGUAUCAACCACCAAUCGGCGCACCCGGGAUAUAAGUUCUGUCCCAGCAAGACACAGAGCGGGAAGAAGAAGAAGGAGGUGAAAGGGCCAGAAGAAUCAGAGCCCAGCGAGCUCGAAGGCUUCCCGGAUGAUGACGACGACUAUGCUGGUAGCAUGGGAGGGGCUCGGGGGGCCAAGAAGACCAUGCGAGGCGGUAAAAAGUCCCCCAAAGGCUCCAGCCAGAAUAGGGGAACCUCCAUCAAUGGCUUUAUAGGUCUUUGUUACGAUCAUACCGAGGGCGGGGCCCAGAGGUCGUCAUUCAUCCAUAACAACCCAGGAAAAACUCCGCCAAUGUGUAUGGCGAACGCCAAUAUGCACUUGAGUGGCCAGUAUUACGAAACCACUGUUCGCACAAGCCCAGCCACCAACAUCCCGAGCUCCAUGCACCCAAGUGUGAUCGAGGACGUGACGAUUCGAAAAACUCAAGCCCCGAUGGGAACGAUGAACAUGAAUCAUCCCCAACAAGCACUGUAUCAAACAGACCAGAUAGACAGUUUGCUCGCGUCGACCCUCGAGGGCCAAGAUAAUUCAAAGGUCGAUCCUGCACUAUUGGCCACCGGGUCUCUAACAGAUCCCUAUAUGAACAGUAGCCAGCAUCAAAACGCCCAACCAGACCAUGCUAGCCAGUUCAUUGACGAAGGGAUCUUCGAUGGUCAAUUCGAAAUAGACCGUUUGUUUGCAACCGCUGAUAUUCCUCAUCUCCCCUUCCCCGACGGCGAACCACAGCAAGACCCCAUGGCCCAGCUCGAGCGCAGCAGCCAUACUGCUGACUUGCGCAAGAUACAGGUGUACGAUCAAUCCAUACAAGGCUUUCUGGAUAGCCAAGAACCCUGGGGCAGGAAUGGAGACGCCAUGAUGGAAGACCGCGACCAACUCCAUUAUGAUGACUGGCUUCAAGAAGCCUACCUGCCCAAAUAA